AUGGCAGGAGCUGUGUCUCGAACGGUCGUCAGCCCUGUCGAACGUAUGAAGAUUCUUUUCCAAGUUCAAGGUCCAGGUCCAGGGGCAUAUGAGGGUGUUUUCCCUACGUUGGCUCGAAUGUGGAGGGAGGAAGGUCUCAUGGGCUUCAUGCGUGGUAACGGUACCAAUGUCAUUCGUAUUGUGCCUUACAGUGCUUCGCAGUUUGCGGCCUAUGAGCAGUGCAAGACGUUGUUGAUGGAGCCCGGCAAAACCGAGCUGGAUACCCCACGACGUUUGGUGGCAGGUGCUGUGGCCGGUGUUGUGUCGGUGGCAUGCACUUACCCUUUGGAUAUUGUUCGUACUCGACUCUCGGUUCAAUCGGCGAUGAUGCAAAACAGUAUCCGAAACAAUACCAUAAACCCGGGUGAAAAAUUACCAGGCAUUUGGACCACAAUGAAAACGAUCUACAAAACCGAAGGUGGUCUAUUUGGUUUGUAUCGAGGAUUGUGGCCAACCACUCUCGGUGUGGCACCCUACGUCAGUGUUUCAUUUACGAGUUACGAGGGGUUAAAACCGUAUCUUGUGACGAAAGAUGGACAAGAACCAUCAGCUGUGGGUAGAUUGGUUUGUGGUGCACUUGCAGGAACGAUUGCUCAGACAAUCACCUACCCUCUUGAUGUUUUACGACGAAGAAUGCAGAUGACUGGUAUGGCUUCCGUUAACUAUAAAUACAAGGGAACAUGGGAUGCAACAAGAACUAUUAUCCGACAAGAAGGUAUCCGAGGCAUGUAUCGUGGUAUGAUUCCAAACUACCUCAAAGUGGCCCCCGCCAUCGGCGUCAGUUUUGUUACCUAUGAAUGGUGCAAAGACCUGCUGAAUGCUGAUUAA